AUGAAAAAUCCACCGUCUUCAGAUCUACGUACCCGCCGGCAUAUUGGCACUCAUACAAAGUCUUCUCUACCACAGUCAAGCCUUCUAUACGGACGGAUCGAAGAGUCCGGAAGGCGCAGUUGGUGCUGCGGUAUACUCGCCGGAGCUGGAAGGAGCGCGUUGGAUGCUCUUCAAAAUUCCUCCAAGGUGCAACGCAAUUACAUAGUGUACCAAAUCAGAAAAGCCUACCUAGACAUUAUAGAUAAAGGCAACGAGGUCACCCUCUUUUGGGUCCCUGCACAUUCGGGCAUUCCCGGCAAUGAAUCAGCAGAUCAAGAUGCUAAGCUGGCGGCAAUCGAGGGUUACAAACCUGACUUUAGAGUCCCUUACGAGGACCUACUGGUGGAAUCACGUGCCCGAGCGGACAAACAGUUUCAAGAAUAUAUGGAAGAGGUUUCCAGAACUAAAGGCACUCGAUACUUCGAACAAUUUCACACAAUAUCCAAGAAAACAUGGUUUCAUGAAUCUUCGCUCUCAAGAGAAGAAAUCGUUCUCAUCAAUCGUCUAAGAUCCAACCAUAUUAAUGUUAACGAGAGCCUACACAGGGUCAAUAUGACCGAGCUGUCCAUGCGGCGACCCCCGUCAGACAAUAAAUCAUUUAAUCUUCCAUUGCAAUGAAUUCUCUGAAAAAUUUACCCCUAUCCGAGCGUACAUAUAAAAGAAAUUCCCAAAUUCUCCUCAGGACCUCGUCCCCACCCUGCGCUCUCCUAGUCCCACAUUCUCUCGUCUCCUUCUGGCCUACAUGAAGGCCAAUGACCUCUUUUUCUGACUCUUCUUUUGCUCCAC